AUGGAUUCCGAAAUCGCAUUCGACAAUCCUCCGUAUUAUCGAGUUUACAAGAAUGGCCGUAUCGAGCGUCUUAAAGGAGAAACUUUCGUCCCACCUUCUCUAAACCCACAAAACGGCGUCGUUUCAAAAGACACUAUCUACUCGCCGGAGAAAAACCUUUCUUGCCGCAUUUACCUCCCGGAGAAAAUCUCCGAUACCAAUAAAAAACUCCCGGUUCUCGUCUACAUUCACGGUGGUGGUUUCAUAAUCGAAACCGCUUUCUCACCGGCAUACCACACAUUCCUCACAUCCACCGUCGCCGCCGCAAACUGCUUAGCGAUCUCCGUUGAUUACCGUCGUGCACCGGAGUUUCCGGUUCCGAUCCCGUACGAAGAUUCAUGGGUUUCUCUAAAAUGGGUCUUCUCUCAUAUAACCGGUUCUGGACCGGAAAGUUGGAUAAACAAACACGCAGAUUUCGGGAAAGUAUUCCUCGCCGGAGAUAGCGCCGGAGCUAACAUAUCGCAUCAUUUAGCGAUUCGUGCGAAAAGAGAGAAACUUGAACCGGAAAUCUCUGCGAUUAUCUUGAUUCAUCCAUUCUUUUGGGGGAAGACUCCGAUUGAUGAAUUGGAGACGAAGAAUGAGAGGAAGAGGAAGAGAAUCGAAGGAGUUUGGAAAAUCGCGAGUCCGAAUAGCGAAAACGGAGCGGAUGAUCCGUUAAUGAACGUGGUUGGAUCCGGAUCCGAUUUAUCCGGGUUAGGUUGCGGACGGGUUCUGGUAAUGGUAGCCGGAGAUGAUACACUUGUGAGACGAGGUUUGCGUUACGCGGCGGAGCUGGAGAAGAGUGAAUGGGAAGGUGAAGUUGAAAUUGGUGAAGAGAUUUGCAGAGUUUAUUAA